AUGCAGGCGGCCUUAUCCUCCCUCCCUCGAGCACCUGAGUUGUCCCCUGUCUCAACCGCCAGCGAAUGGUCUGGCGUCAACAAUUACAAUCAACUGUCGCGGAACGAUGGUGGAUACCAACCUCAACCUCUUAACGUGCCCGGGGAUGAAUUCGGUCCCGCGAGACCACCCGGCCCUUACGCGCGCCCUCCCAAUGGCAGCGGCAUGAACUUUACACCUCCCCAGCUCGAUCCCAUGGGACAACGGCGCCCUUCCGAGUCGGGGUCUAGGGGUUCUUCGCGCACUGCAUCGAUUGCCAAUUCCCGCUCGAGUGAUGGCACGUUAUCGGACGAGCAAAGCAGAAAAUACAGGCGGAUGGAGGCGGAAUUAUUUCAACACUAUACCGUCCUAAAAGGGUUUCUCAAGGGCGCUUCUCAGGCUCCUCCUCGUCCUAACAAGGCUCGGGAUAAGCUCUUGCGAUUGUCGCCUGUUCAAUUCCAUGAACUGAGUACCGAUGUUUUUGACGAGUUGCAAAGAAGGCAGGCCUUGGCACCUCUCCCAGGUCGCCCGCCCCGUCAACAGAACGUGCCUCCUUUCUUACAACCACGACCAGACUUUCACGAGAAGCGGAAUCAGGCCAGACAAAAGCUCUCCUCUCUGCAGACGCCCCGGUUCCGCGAUCUGUCGACGGACGUCUUUUGCGAGUUGGAGCGCAGAUUUCCACAAUUCCAGCGGCCUGAUGGCGGUAGGAGGGAUAGUUCGCGCUCUCAAUCUAGAGGUCCGGCUCCGCCAUCAAGAGAUGGUCCUCCACAACCAAACGGCUUCGGGCUCCCUUCCCGAGCCCAGACUUUUGGCGGCUCAGGCGCACAAGGCUACUCUCAAAGGCAAGAAUCAGUGUCCAGUCUUCCGCCUAUUGAGAAUCCUCCUACGCUUGCGGACCUUGGAAGACCGAUGCCCAAGCAGUUUCAGAGCAACACAAUCACCCCCAACAAAAGUACGAUGGUCGAGGACGAAGACGAUUCCCAGGGAGAUUCAAAAUAUGACAGGUCCAGCGAUGCUUUUGCCCUCGAAAGCUCUUUUGCCAGCCCCAGGAGCGAUAGAGAUACGGCUGCCACAUCGCAGAGUGGCGUAAGCACGAAUUCCACGAAACCCAGCCUGCCAGCAUUGACUGAGCUCCAGGACAAGGUCUCCAGACUGGAGUCCAACCUGGAACUCAAGGAUGCGGAACUUAAUCAACUGAAGAUUAAGGGCGAAGAAUGGGUCAUAACAAAACAGGAUCUAGAGAAGAAGUUGGAGGAAGCAGAAAACUUGAAUAAGUCGCUCCAGGACGAGAUCGAGAAGCUGAGAGCUGAGCAGCCACACUACAGUGGGGAGAACGUUCUCUGGAAGACGAAGUACCUCAAACUCGAACAGGAUCAUGGGGUUCUGGAGGAACAGCUGGCACAACAGCAACAGCUGACCAACGAAGUGAGCCGACAAGGUCAGGCAUACCUAGAGGAAAUGAGGACCUUGACGGAAUCUGGUGGAGGCAAUUUCGAAAAGGAGGAAAAGUUGCAAGCAGAAGUGCAGAAGCUGGAAGACGAAGUCAAGAACUGGAAAAGUCGGUAUGUCAGAGCCAAGGCGCAAGUUAGGAACGUGCGCGCAAGCUCUCUGGGCCUUGACAUUCCCCGUACCGACGCCAGUAAGCACGCCGUGGCUCUUCAAGACCGUGACGGACUGGUCAGGGACGUCAACGUCACGAAAUUCCAGAUGGCCAUCGACGAGCUGCUCCAGAUUGCGAGGUCCGAUAACCCUGCCGCAGUGCUUGAUCACAUGAAAAUAGUGGUAGUGGCAGUACGCGGAAUUACAUCUGACAUCGAGUCAGGCUCAUCGGCAGCAAAGGACGAUGAGGCAAGCAAACGGAGGAGCAAGCUCAAGAGUAAGGUGUCGGCAACAGCAAACAAUCUCAUCACUGCGUCCAAGAAUUUUGCUUCUGCAAGUGGACUGUCGCCUGUCAGUCUUCUGGACGCAGCGGCCUCGCAUUUGACGGCCGCUGUAGUUGAUUUGCUUCACUCCGUGAAGAUACGCCCUACACCUGCUGGGGAAUUGGGACAUGACGAUGAGCCCAACUUGGAGUCUCUGCAGAGCAAUGGAUAUUUCAAUAUUGCCGAGACCUUGAGAAGGCGGAGCGAAAUUGAGAGCAUCUACAGUGCUCUCAGCACGCCGUCCGCCAGCAGAAAUGCACCCAACCGAAGCGGUUCAAAUUCACACCUGCGCCAUGAUUCCAACCUUGUCGCCGGUGCCGGCUUAGGAAUUAAAGGAGGCUAUGCAAGCAGCCAGGAGGAGGCCGACCUCGAGGAUCUCAAGAUGUAUCUCGAAGAUCGAACUGAUGGGCUCGUCAAGUCUAUCACUUCCUUGGUCGAUUCUGUUCGGAACAACGAUGCCAUGCCCACCAUUCAACUGCACAUGACCACCAUCUCCAGCACGAUUGAGGACAUUAUCAAUUCCGUGGACAGAACGGGCAAUGAGCCCUCCUCAUACCAAACGACACUGAGGGAGAAGUCAGGGCCUAUUGUGACAAUCCUGCAAAACUGCCGGGAGCAGAUGUCGCAGGUCAGCAAAGAAUUGACGCCUGAAAAGGAGAAUUUGCAGCAGCUACCUCCUCUUGCGUUCCGAAUUGCACGAGAGACCAAGGAGUUGGUGUCGAGGGUGAUGGCCAUUGAAGCUGGCCCGGGAAGAGGCGCCGACGAUGAUUUCAGUUGA